CUUCACUUGCUCUCUCAUAUGCUUCUCUCUCUAAUCUCUCUCUAAGUCCUAAGUUCUAGACAUAUGCCCCUAUUAUUACUUCAAAUAACUAUUAACUAAGAAACUAUAUAUACAGUAGCAGCAGAGAUGGAUUUUAAUGGUGGAGAUCAAACUCCCAACGGAUCAGAUCACUCACCGGAUCACUUGCCCUCCUUAAUCUCUUCCUCCAAUUGCUUUCCCAUCACUCUCAAGUUCGUGGACGUGUGUUACAAAGUGAAGAUAGACAACAAAUCACAGUACAGAGAAUGUUUGUUUGGUCACAAGGACAAACCCGGACAAGAAGAACAAGAACGGACUAUUCUGCAUGGAAUCACUGGAAUGGCGUCCUCCGGAGAAAUCCUAGCCAUUCUCGGCCCAUCAGGAAGCGGGAAAUCAACGCUCCUCAACGCCCUUGCCGGCAGGCUCAACCGCAAACAUCAGGGCACCGUCCUUGCCAACGGUCGAGCCCUUACCAAAACCGUCCUCCGUCGGACCGGCUUCGUCCCUCAGGACGACGUUCUCUACCCUCACCUCACCGUCCGCGAAACCCUCGUCUUCUGCGCCCUCCUCCGGCUCCCUCGCACCCUCUCCAAAAAGGAAAAAGUCUCCGCCGCCGAGUCCGUCAUUUCAGAGCUCGGCUUGCACAAGUGCAAGAACACCAUAAUCGGCAACACCUUCGUACGUGGCGUGUCGGGAGGGGAAAGGAAGAGGGUGAGCAUAGCGCACGAGGUGCUGAUGAAUCCAAGCUUACUGAUUCUGGACGAGCCGACGUCGGGUCUGGACUCAACGGCGGCGCACCGGCUGCUAAGCACGCUGGGGUCGCUGGCUCACAAGGGGAAGACGAUCGUGACGUCGAUACACCAGCCCUCGAGUCGAGUGUAUCAGAUGUUGGACUCGGUGUUGGUGCUGUGCGACGGAAGGUGUUUGUAUUUUGGGAAGGGGAGUGAGGCCAUCAACUACUUUGGAUCUAUUGGCUUCGCGCCGGCUUUCCCCAUGAACCCUGCUGACUUCCUCCUUGAUCUCGCUAAUGGAGUGUGCCAACUUAAUGGUCUAGGCGAAAGGGAUAAGCCCAACAUGAAAGAAAUCCUUGUUUCCUCAUACAAUACCUUGUUAGCUCCCAAGGUGAAAGCUGAAUGCUUGGACAAUACCACUGCAGCAACAAAAGAAACGACUUACGUUCAGAGCCAUUGUUCAAAAGAGCAGAGAACAAGUAUUGGUGAUAGUGUUUCCACUUGGUUCAACCAAUUCCAUAUUUUGCUGCAAAGAAGCCUCAAGGAACGACAGCAUGAGUCCUUCAACUCGCUGCGAGUUUUACAGGUAGUGGCCGGUGCAUUGCUAGCUGGUCUAAUGUGGUGGCAAUCAGAUUAUUUAGAUAUCCAGGAUCGUUUAGGCCUUCUCUUCUUCAUUUCUAUAUUUUGGGGAGUCUUACCUUCUUUCAACUCGGUAUUUGCAUUUCCCCAAGAACGUGCCAUCUUCAUUAAGGAGCAGGCCUCGGGUAUGUACACUCUCUCUUCGUAUUUCAUGGCUCGAAUGGUCGGAGACCUACCGAUGGAGCUUAUUCUUCCUACAAUAUUUCUUGUCAUGGCUUACUGGAUGGCUGGAUUAAAAGCCGACAUGGGCGCUUUUCUAUUAACAUUGUUGGUUUUACUCGGCUAUGUGCUAGUGUCUCAAGGGCUUGGCCUUGCUUUAGGCGCGGCAAUCAUGGAUGCCAAACAGGCCUCCACGAUAGCAACAGUGACAAUGCUAGCUUUUGUGCUAACCGGAGGAUAUUACGUGCAUAAGGUUCCGUCUUGUUUUGCUUGGCUCAAAUAUAUUUCUACUACCUUUUAUAGUUAUAGGCUGCUAAUCAAUGUCCAAUAUGGGGAAGGUAGUAAAUUAUCAUCCCUCUUGGCCUGCUCAUCUCAUGACCAUGAUCAUGCAGGUGAUCACAAAGCAAGCUGCAAGUUUGUCGAGCAAGAUGUCGUAGGGCAAAUUAGCCCUGCGACGAGCGUAUGUGUCAUGUUGUUUAUGUUUUUCGCAUAUAGGUUAGUGGCUUACCUUGCAUUGAGAUGCAGUAAAGUUUGAAAUAAUUCAUACAAUAAUUACUUGCAUUUGGAUUCCUUGUUCUUCGAAAGACCUCUUUAGUUGUAAUUCUCUGAAAUGGAUGAAUUUAUUUUUCUCUGUGUUUGUUUGUACAAGUUGAUAGAUCGUAUGUUAGCAACACUGUAAUCAUUCAAUGGGAUCGACGAAAUGCAAUAAUAUAGCAAUCUUGUAUA